AUGGCGCUUAGUGCUGCUUGCAGUUGCGCCUUGGCGCUGUUUAUUGUGUUAACGCUGCAGCUGAGCGCUGCGGAAUAUCCCGGCGUUAUAGAGCUCGUCGGCUAUAGCAAUCGACGCGCGCGCACACAUUUUAUGGCAGAGCCAAGUUUAAAUCCAACGCUAACGCCGCCAGCUGCCAAAACACGCGCUGACAUUGAAACUGUAAAGCGUAAUAUGAAAAAAUACGACAGGCUGCUGGAGCUGGAUACGAAAAAUUUGCCCGAACCACAAAAGGAUAUGCUGGCUAGAAUAGUGGAGCGUGUGGCGCGCCUUAAAGAAACGCUGGACAUAGAAGAGCAGCAGUUAAUAAGGCAGGAAGCAACUUCAGCGCGCAGCAGCAGCACACAACAGUUGCUGUCGUCGUCGUCCGAGCAGCAGCAGCAGGAGCAAAGCACGCUGCCAAGCACAGGCUACACCGAAGCUGAAACAGAUCCGACGCUGCUGCUGGAUGAAACAACGUUGCUGGAACUGCAGCAUACAAUGGCUGAGCAGGCAGCGCUACAAGCUGAAGUAACAGCGCAAACUACGUUAAUGGAUAAGCUGCCAACAACAACAGAUCAAAGCUACGAGUAUGCAACCAAUAUGGCUGAGACUACAGCGCCAGCGCUGACUACAUUGGCGCAGGAAACGCUGCAAACGGAGCAGUCCAACAGCGAGGAGCAGGAACAAACUACGCUUAGUGGCGAAGGCGCUACUGGCGCCACCGAUAUGGACGAACAGUUUGUUGCUGCGCGUUCGAAUAACAAUAUUGCUGCUAUAACUGCUGCCGAUGCGGAGCCCAACAGCAGCACAACCAUAAGCGUUGGCAAUCAACGCACGCUCAGCGGCAAGCAUAAGCUGCGCGGCACUAAACGUCCUUUUGGCCAUAAGGUAACAGCAGCGUUGAAGCGCGGCGGACAGCGUCCCAGCAGCGUAAGCAUUGCUGCUGCCAAUGCAGCAGCAGCAGCCAAGCCCAGCACACCCAGCAGCAGCAGCAGCAGCACCAAACAAAAGCUUAGCAGCAACAGCUAUCAGCAAAAGCAAACCAAGUUGCCUGUAAAAACAGUUACAACCACCAGCAGCAGCAGCAGCAGCAGCACUUUGGCCAGCAGCGCUGCUACUUUGCCGCUGGAGCAACUUUAUACGCGCACACCAACAGCCAAUAUACCCAUUGCUGCCAGCAGUCAAACUGUAUCGACCGCAGCUGAGCCUUUAGUUUAUGAUGCUCAUGUGAAUGCCUCGGCGCUUAUUGACAGCCUCAAUACAAAUGCUAGAGAGGAAUACUAUCAACAGAAGCUGGGCGGUCUGAAUGCCAACAACAAGGAUAACAAGAAGACAGCGACGGCAAAGCCCACCAAAUAUCAUUAUUAUCCACACAAUCAACACAUCUAUCUACUGCCCGAAUGCGCCAUCCAGCAGGUCUGCAAUGCUGUCUACGUGCGUCUCAACUACACCCAACCGCUAUGCGCCUGUCCAUCAAGAUAUCGUGAUCCCUGCUCGGCCAGUCUCAAUGAGGAUGAUCAGCACACAACCAAAUUGGUUGGUGAUAAUAAAAAGAAGGCAAUUACGCUGGCCAAAACCUGCGAGGCAACUACCGAAAUGCGCGAGUGCCGCUCACCCAAGGAUUGGUCGCUGCUGGCGCUGCAAAAUACACGCACUGGCAAAUCGCAUUAUCUGGUCAUCUGUCGCUGUCCGGAUCAUUUCAAAAUGGAGGGACCCAUGGCGCAUGAUCAGCCCACCUAUGCCAGCGUGCCCGGCAUACGCGUCUUUGGCAUGAUGUGCGUUAAGCCUGGCUACUCGGUGCGCAAGCCCAGCGCUCAGCCGCCCAAGCGUUAUCAGCUGCAGAAACCCUUCUAUCGCCCCAGCAACGGCGGCGGCGUUAGCAGCUCGCUGGGCGGACAAAAGGACACUUAUGGCAGACCCAUCUAUGGCGGCUCCUCUGGCAGCUCUGCCAUCAGCAGCAACUAUCAGGCGCAGGAUCAGAGCUUCCAGAGCGGCAGCUCCUAUCAGUAUUUGAAUCGCCCUGAGAACACGCAUACGCACAGUACGCCCAACUUCCGACCCGAUCAAUUCACGCUCAGCGGCUUUCCCGGCAGCAACUAUGGACGCAAUAACGAGCGACGCGGCGAGGCGCCACCAAUUGAAGCAGCAGCCGAGGAACGCGAAGCGCCCAGCAGCAGCACGCAGUCGAGUGAGCUAGAAUCAGAGGCACGCACUACGCUUCAAGUGGACACCAGCUCCAAUGACGAGCGCAGCGAAACGCCAGCGUCGGAUUCCAACGCACAAGCGGAGACAAGCCGUGCACGGCGUUCGCUUUAUGCGGAUGAGUUUGAGCCGGAAUUCCCUUGGGAUCGCGUGCUGGAGUUUGAGCAGACCAUAGACUGGGAUCAAGCAAACUAAACUAGUAGCUAACAAUUUUUUUCUAGCACAAAAUUUUUCUGAAAUGAGCCACCAAUUUUUGAAAAACAACAAAACCGCUAACUACUGUGACUGAGACAACAACAAAAAAUACUUAAAAAAAAGAAUGAUGGGCAGCUCUGCCCGACUACGUAAGCAGCGGUUUUACGUCACGUCACGUAACGUAUUUUAAAUUUUAAAAAAUCAUAGCUAAGCGCCCUUAACUUAAGCAUUUCAAUUAUGGCAUUUGAAUGAUCUGCACGUGGAUCGUAUUUUAAUUUUAAAUUAAUACUCGUAUUUUGUAUUUAUUGCACACAACUAACGAAUUAAUUAAACAAUUACGCGUCACAGCUAACGCAUAUAUACACUAAUUGUUUAAUUAAUUUGUUUUGCAUGUAACGUAACGUAA